CCCGCACCACAUAUUUAUGCGUGGGAUGGGCGAACUAGAAAAUUGUAAGCCAGCUAAUCAGAUGUCUUCAGAGAGUGAGGUGGACGAUUUCUUUGAUGCUGUUGAUGAAUCUCCAGGAAAGAAAUCACAAAGUGGAGGGUCUGGCAAACCCUCAAUUGCAGCUCAGUUAUCAUCAGACUCAUUGGAUGAUACAUCAGAGUCAGCACCAGCAUCAAAGUCAACAGAUGCUGUGGCGGACGUCACGGCGGCCGACGCGGCCGCCGAGCUUGAGGCCCGACGUAGAAAGCUGCGCCGACUGCGCCACUGCGUCACCGGCGAUGACGAAGCCGCUGAGCCUCCGUCACCGCACGACUCCCAGACGGGCUCCGUGGACGGCGUGCUGGUGACCCGCGGCAGCCACCCGUUCCGCAAGGUGGAGCAGGACGCCCAGUCGAUGGUCAGUCAGAUGUCGCUGGGGAAGGUAGGGCGCAUCCUGGCCGGGCUGGACGACCUGGACGGGCCACCGGGCGCCCGUGCCGCGCCUGGCCACGCGCCCGCCGAAGCCACCGUCUCGGCUACCGCCAGCAGCGCCCCGCCCCUAGCUGCCGUCGACAUGCCGCCCCCCCUGACCGAGCGGCGCGCCCAGUUCACGCCUGUCAGCGACCAAGAGUACUCGCUCGACAUCCGCUCGGCUACCAAGGGCCAGUACGUGGUGAAGCCCCAGGACGAGGCGAGCACGCGCGCGCCGGUCGUGCUCGUGAUGGACCGGCUGGACGUGAUCUCGGUGCAGUCGGACGCAUCGAGCAUCGCCGACAGCGUGACGUCGCCCUACCCGCGCGACAACAUGCAGCGGCUGGACGAGGUCAAAGAAGCACAGGAGUUUUUGCGAUCGCACGAAAUACAGACCAACAUAUUCGUGAAGACGAAGACGGACUCUGGUCGGCCGCUCACUGAUAAGGAGAUCCUGGACCAGGUGUCGGUGCUGAACCUGGACACGGGCGAGCGCAUCCCGCUCUCCGUGGCUGAGGAGAAGCUGCCGGCCUGCAUCAACCCGCUGUCGCUGCAGAUCAUGCGCAUGACGUCCGAGUACAUCAGCAACUCGAGCCUGGAGAAGGACGGCUCAGACGACGACAAGAAGAGUCUAGUGAUCCCGCCGCAGGAGGAGCAGGCCGAGCAGGGAGGCGUGCGCCGAAAAACGGCCCAGCUGAAGCGUUUCCUCGGCCGGACCGUGAACAAGGCGCGCGACCGGGCUGAGGUCAUCGCGCAGAAGAUGUCGCACGUGCGCCACCGCGAGGAGCGCGACGCUUUCGAAUCCAUCGACGGCGUGCCGGACGCGCACACGGUGGUUCGCGUGCCGAUGAAAGCGUCCGGCAGUCACAAGGGUCCGUACGAGUUCGACCAGCUGGUGUUCGUGCAGGACUUCAAGAGCGAACACAUCGGACCCGUCUGGUGCAUGAAGUUCUCCGCGUGUGGAAGGCUGCUGGCCACCGCCGGCCAGGACCACGUGCUGCGCGUCUGGGUGCUCAAGUCGGCCUACCACUACUUCUGCGACAUGCGGACCAAGUACUCGGCCGAGAAGGUGUCGCCCACUCCGUCCCAGGAGUCUCUGGUGUCGCAGCACUCGUCCGAAGAGCCGCUGGUCUCGGUGGAGGCCACCAGCGAGGAGGAGGCGUACGCCCCCUUCAUGUCCCGUCCCUUCUGCAAGUACAUGGGGCACACAGCCGACCUACUGGACAUCAGCUGGUCCAAGAACUACUUUAUCCUGUCGUCGUCUAUGGACAAAACCGUGCGUCUGUGGCACAUAUCGCGCAAGGAGUGCCUCUGCUGCUUCCAGCACAUCGAGUUCGUGACGGCCAUCGCAUUCCACCCGAAGGACGACCGGUACUUCCUGUCCGGCUCUCUGGACGGCAAGCUGCGACUCUGGAACAUUCCGGACAAGAAAGUAGCGCUCUGGAACGAGCUGGACGGCCAGGCCAAGCUGAUCACGGCGGCCAACUUUUGCCAGGGCGGCCGGUUCGCGGUGGUCGGCUCCUACGACGGCCGGUGCCUGUUCUACUCGACCGACCAGCUCAAGUACCACACCCAGAUCCACGUGCGCUCCAGCCGCGGCAAGAACGCCCGCGGCAGGAAGAUCAGCGGCAUCGAGCCGAUGCCGGGCGAGGACAAGAUACUGGUGACGUCAAACGACAGCCGGAUACGGCUGUACGACCUGCGCGACCUCAACCUCUCCUGCAAGUACAAGGGCUUCACCAACAACAGCAGCCAGAUUCGCGCCAGUUUCAGUCAUGACGGGAAGCACAUCGUGGCUGGCUCGGAGAACCAGUGCGUCUACAUCUGGAAAACCCAUCACGACUACUCCAAGUUCUCGUCGGCGCGCCGCGAUAGAAACGACUUCUGGGAAGGCAUCAAGGCGCACGAGGCGCAGGUGACGUGCGCACUGUUCGCGCCGCACCCGGACCUGGUGUUCUCGCACGUGGACGGCGAGCUGACGCGGCUGGAGCAGGAGGAGGGCGAGCGUGGCUCGCAGCUGUCGGCAAGUCUCGGCGGCGGCCACACUCCCGACCCCACACCCCGGACCGACGAGGCCAAAAAGGACUCGCUCGACAAGAAGUCGGUCGGCAGCGGCGGCACGUCCACCAUGGGCUACGUCCUGGUGACGGCCGACUUCAACGGCGUCAUCAAGGUGUUCCUCAACCGCACGCGGCCCAAGCACAGCAGCCUGCCGGCCUCGGCGCUGUUCCGCGAGGGCGCCGGCGAGGGCCGCGCCACCACGCCCCGGUGAUCGGCGCCUCUGGCGCGGCCCCGCCUCACGCAGCUGGCCGCUCCGGACUGGCCGGUGUGGCGGCCGGCUCGCUUGCCGUGGCCCCUGAACGCCCAGGCGGUGGGCGGCCGACAGUGGUGCGAUCGUGCAUAUCAGCCCAAAUACCGCGCAGCCGGCCGAUGAGGGCAGCCGCCGCGCCCCGGGGGCUGAGGCCCGGGCCCCGUGUCGCGGGAUAACAUCGCCAAAUAACCUGUCGGCUGACUGCGACGCACGAGCCGUUGGUGCGUCAAUGGAUAUGCGUCGCCGACAGAUUUCCAAGAAAGACGCACGCGUUGGAAGAUGAAGCCGGGUCGUGCCCAUCGACGCAGCGCCGCAUAACGGGCGGGUUUGGGGAUGGCCGUUAGUCACGGUCCGUCAGGAUCCGCCCGCGGUCUUGUGCUGCAGGCUAUACCGCAGCUGACCGGGCCAGACUUUAGUCACCCGACGCGCGAUGGUCGGUCAUGUAGUCACACCGCCAUCACGGGCAAGGCCAGAUGGUCACCUAGGAGGGAAUGGGACGUUGUCGACACAUAGUGCGAGCCAAGUGAGCUUUAUGCUGUGGCGAUCUACGCCCAGUGCGGGGGCGCCCCGGCAGUCUAUUUACGUCAUGUUAUUGUGUAGCACAACACCGGCUCCGUUGCCGGCCGUCGGCACCGUAACCGCACGGGUUCUCAGUGUAUCUGCCGCAAUCGUAGGGCCUGCGCGUAGGGGCAGCGUGUGAUUCGCCGCGUCCUCGUGACAUGGCCGGCACGUGGCGUCGGACCGGGACCAGGGCCACAGCUGACCGCGUGAUGCUGCUGUCGCUGGGCGCAGAGCUAGUGCAGUGCGUCCGGUGUCGCUCCACAGCCGCUCGGCCAGUCGAACAUUGCCCUGCCCGCCGCAGCUGAAACUGGUAAACGGCAGACACAGUCAGCUAUUUGUAGCGUUUUGUUUUCUAAAAACGAUGACUUGUCAUACGUCGUCAGGGUGCCUGAUAACGGGGCCGCUGUGAUAUGCAUCAAAUAAAGACGA